UAUACAGUAAUUCUCUAACUCUAUUAUCAAUGAUUGGUUGGCGUUAUAGUGAUUGGUUUUUUUUAUAAAAAAAAAGCUAUUGUUUCUUCAGAUUAAUUCAAUGAAUAUUGCUUUAGAGUAUGAAUAUGUAAAACUUGACCUGUAUUUUUGCAGUUAGUCCUUUGUUGUUGGAGAUGUUAUUGGGUAAGUAUCUGCCUUUCGUCUAAAAAUAGAGAGCUGUGCGCAUAGCUGAGCUGAGCUGCAAAAGUAUUCACAAGAAGCAAUACAAUGGAGGUUGAUGGGCAAAUAAGUAGACCUAACCAUGUUCCUUACGAGAAGUACCGAGAACUUCUGGAAGAAACGAGUUCCCUAAAGAUGCAGGCACUUCAUAGAGAAGAGGAAAUACAGACCCUUAAGGGCAUGUUAGCUCAAAAGGACAAGGAAACGGUUCGCCUUAAAGACCAGCUGCUUCUAAGAGAUAAAACUAUUAGUAAGCUAAGGGCUUUGGUUGAGUUUGCUUGGACAGAAUUCGACAGUGCUAAGAAAAGAAAUAUAAAUCCUAAAGCUUCUGCUAUCGAUGAACAUGAAAAGGAGACUAUACAGGAGAUCAAUGGGACAGCUUCAAUUGUCAAUGAAAUUGGAAUCACAAACCAAGAUGGAGACACACCCACCUCGGCCCAUGUUUCUUCCAUUAAAGGGGAACCUCCUUCCCUUCUCUCAACAUUCAAUGGCCCUCAACCCCCUCCAGCAGAAGCGAAAAUCCCAAGGGAAGCUCCUAACCCUUUGACAAAAGAAGCAAAACAAGAUGACAAACCCUUUGCCUCGGCACCUAUAUUCUACGUUGGACCUAUUCUCUCAGUUUCCAACUCUAAAGGCCAUUCACUCCCUCCACCUCCACCACGUCCACCCCCUCCACCUCCACGUAUGGAAGCAAACAUCGUAGGAGCAAUUCCGACCCCUGUUCGUGAAUUUCAUAUCGCUCCACGUCCACCUCCUCCACGUCCAUCACCUCCACCUCCACCUCGACCUAUGGAAGCAAACAUCGUAGGAGCAACUUGGACCCCUGUUCGUGUAUUUAGAGUCGCUCCUGUCCGACGGAUGGAAGCGAACAUCACAGGAGCAACUCAAACCCCUGUUCGUAUACAUCGUCCGAACAACACAGAAACAAACCCAAGCUCAUCGACGAUUAGAGUAGCCCAUCAAGAUGGAAAACCCCACGUCUCAGCUCCCAUACCUUCUGUUGUUAAACCUUAAUUCUACCCUUGUUUUUUUAAUAGAAAGUCACAAUUAGAAAUCAUGUCCAGUUUGGUGUCCAUAUCUUCCAUUUGCUGCGAAUGGAAAAUGUAGUGGCUUUUGUAGGACAAUGUGGGGAUGCAAUUUAUGAAGGAUUGUUUCGCAGGCUGCAGAAAAAUUGUAAUAUUGAAGGGACUCUUUAGCAAAGAAAGUAAUCAAUCCAGUGGCAACAGAAGAAUCUAUUGUCAUGAUUUUGGAUGCUUUACAAGCUUGUUUGUGGGUUUUCUAUUGAAAUAAAGUACUUUUGCGUUGUCCCUUGUCCA